AUGGCGUGGGUGUCGCAGACCUUGGGGAUCUGGAAGUUCUCUAUGUCCAUUACACAGACAUCUCCGCCUUACCCAUCAACGCUGCCGCCGUCGCCAUCUCCGCCAUGCUGCAUCCGCUCACAUCCCCACACGUUGGCGCUCUCCAAAUACUCUAGAUCUUAUGGUCACUGCUCACUUAUGAUCGAAGAUGGGGAUUAUUGA